GCACGGAGCAACUGCAGCAACAUUGUUGGAUCGCCAGUCCCCAGAGCAGACACGAGCAAAGAAAGAAACCAAGCAGCCACAUGAUGAAGGGACUGAUACUCGUGACUGUCCUGUGCCUGACGACGAGAGGACUGGCAGCUCCUGCCCCCGAUCCAGCACCAGCACCAGCGCCAGCUCCUGCCCCCGCUCCUGCUCCUGCUCCAUCUGGCAUUGGGCUUGGCCUGGCACAUGGCUACGGAGGAAUCGGACUGGGAUUGGGCCUGGACAUCGGCCACUAUGGCGGAUACCAUGGCGGACUCCACGGGGUAUCGGGCCUGGGCCUGGGCCUGGGAUUGGGAUACCACGCGCCCAUCGUCACCAAGACGAUCAUCGGAAAGAGCUACUUAGGCGGCUAUGGUGGCUACGGGCUGGGCCACGGCUACGGGCUGGGUCUGGGUCUGGGCCACGGAAUCGGUCUGGGUCAUGGCUAUCUGGGGGGCUACGGACACGGCCUCUACGGAGGACACGGCCUGUCUCUAGGCGGCUAUGGCUACGGUCACGGCUGGUAGAAUAUCCACCGACUAAAGUCCGACCAGAGUCAAGGCGAGCGUGCAACAUGUGAGAGUUUCGAAUCGAGUCAUACACAAAAUACUCCAAUAGCCUUAAUCAAUCAAUCACUCAGCCAUUCGAGCAAUUGAAUAAAUUUAUCUGACCUGAAC